AUGAACAAACAGACAAACGGACUAAGACAGAUGCGCUCGUUGUUCGUGCUGCCAGUGCUAACUGAUAUUGUCAAUACUUCUCUCACAAGCGGUGUGUUUUCAAUGGACCUCAAACAAGCCAUUGUUAGUCCUAUCUUGAAAAAGAACAACUUGGAUUGUAAUGAGUUAAACAACUACAGGCCUAGGCCUGUGUCUAACAUCGGAUUCAGUGGUAAGGUAAUUGAGAGGGCAGCCAUUCUCCAGGUCAAUGAGUACAUCCAAGCAAAUAAUCUUGAUGAGCCGUUUCUGUCAGCUUAUACAAAUAAGCAUAGCACUGAAACGGCAUUUCUCAAGGUGAAAAACGAUACCACCCAGGCCCUUGAUCAUAACAGAGCUGCCUUCUUAGUUGCAUUUGACCUUUCUCUGCUGCCUUCGAUGCCAUUGACCAUGACAUCCUUCUUCACCGCCUGGAACAUGGCUUUGGUAUCGAGGGUACAGUACACAGGUGGUUCAAAUCUUACAUUACUGGCCGCCAGUUUAGAGUUACUAUUAGAGGUUCCAGGUGACGCAGUUUGUGCCAUCUUUAGACUGUCGUCUAGUGUGGAGGAGCUUCGUCUUUGGCUUGCGAACAACAUGCUCAAACUUAACGACUCCAAGGCCGAGGUCUUCAUUGCUGCCUCCCCACAAAACAUGAACAGGCUAUCCAACACCACCAUACAGAUCGGGUCAGCUACAAUUACUCCAUCUUCUACUAUCAAGAAACUUGGCGUCACUUUCGAUACAGCCAUGACCAUGUCAGUUUACGUUACAUCGCUGUGCAAAUCUAUUAACUUUCUUCUGUGGAACUUGGCGAGAAUUCGCAGGUUUCUGGACCGUGACGCUUGUUCAAAUGCAAUGCGGGCUCUUGUACUUUCAAAGCUGGACUACGCCAAUGCACUCCUUUUGGGAUCCAAGAAUAAAGAUGUGGCUCGUCUGCAGCGCCUACAAAAUCGGGCAGCCCGCAUUGUAUUCCAGGUUCCACGUCGUCAUUCCACAUCUCUUCUGUUAAACACUCUACACUGGCUGCCACUUGACAAACGGAUCAAGUUGAAAACACUACUCUACAUCUUCAAAGCUCUGAACGAUCUGUCGCCUGUCUACCUGAAAGACUGCAUUGCCACCCAUGUACCAUCUAGGGAAGGCCUGCAAUCGAGCCGGGACGUUACUCGUCUUUCCAUUCCAAAGAGUAGCAGGCGGAUAGGCGAUUGA